AGGGAGCAUCAAACGCGUAGCCGAUUUCUUGGGGCGCCCUCUUUCGGCUGAAAAGCUGGAUAAGAUGGUUGAGCUGACUGAGAUGAAAGGCAUGAAGAAAACUUACCAAGAAAUUGAGGAGAAAAUGGGAGACACGGGAAGAUUGGUGACAAGGCUAUUCGGACAAUUGCCCUAUCUUCGAAAGGGUAAAGUUGGCGGGUGGAAGGACGAGUUCACCGUGGCUGAAAACGAAUAUUUUGACAAGAUUUACCAACAGAAUAUGGAAGGAAGCGGUAUAGAAUUCCAGUUUGAGUUGUAACACCAGUUGUCACAUGUUUAAAAUCUUAAUCACUGCACUAAAUUAUUUGAGGAGGCGCGAUAGCUCAGUUGGUAGAGCAAUGGUCUUGUAAUCCGUCGACCCGGGUUCGAUACCAAAGCGAUUCGCGAGUGCCAUUUGGUAAGCCAUUAAUCCUCAUUACCAGCUAGCCUGAGCUAGGUGUCUCGGAGAGGACCUUAAGACGUCGGUCCUAUUGUUGCUUACUAACAAGCAUUUAUCCUUCUUAGCAGUCAGGUCAAAUAACCACCAUCACCACCCAAUUAGUACAUUUUACAGACUUAUUUCGAAAUUAAAAUCCAUCAUGAACGUUUUGAGGAAAGUGACCUAAAUUCCUUUAUACUACAACGCAGUCGCAUGCAGAAUUCAGAGAAUGGCGAUUUCAAUAGCCCUAUUGUGUUGAGAAUAGAAAUAAAAAUGAUGUAAUUGUCACUUUAAUCCGCACAUCAAAUUUGAAAAAAAAUCACGCACAUGGUUAAUUAAAGUGACUUAGAUUGACUUGUUAAUAUGUGAUCGUCAUUCUUGCUAUAUGCUGCUGAUAACUUUGUCUUAAUGAUGAUUUGAAGUCUUUUGUUAGUAGUGUUGUAAAUGUUUAAAUCUUUAAAGGUAUGAUAACGAUUAUAAAUCUCGACAUAAACAUAAAUAACAUAUAACAUUACUCUAUCUGCAACGCAAUAUUGACAGAAUCAAUAUUGGUAUGCCUGUUCGUCGUUAUUGUUGUUGCUGUUGUUGUGUUUCUUUUUUUUCGGGAGGGAGGGCAAUUACAUUUCUCUUUUUUUAAUUUGCUUACACUGGCAUCACUAGAAGGGAAUUGGUGAACCCCCUUCCCUUCCACUAUUUCCUGUCAGAAAAUGGUUAAAGGUAAUACAAAGUUUUGGUAUGGGGUCAUGAAUUUGGUUGAAAUGAACAUAUUGGAAGCAUAUGCGAUCCUACA